CAGGUCUAAAACCAGGACUAAACCAGGACUAAAACCAGGACUAAACCAGGUCUAAAACCAGGACUAAACCGGGUCUAAAACCAGGAUUAAAACCAGGUCUAAACCAGGACUAAACCAGGACUAAAACCAGGACUAAACCAGAUCUAAACCAGGACUAAAACCAGGUCUAAACCAGGUCUAAAACCAGGUCUAAAACCAGGUCUAAACCAGGGCUAAACCAGUGCUAAACCAGGUCUUAACUAGGACUACAACCAGGUCUAAAACAGGAUUUAACAGGACUAAACCAUGCUGCGUGGACCGUGUUUCCUCCUCUUCUAUCAACAAUAUCUUUAAUUUGGCUCAGUAAAGUCUGGACUUUUUAUUUUCUUUUAGCAAACAAAACUUCUUAUGUGAAGAUUUCCUCGUCUUUGCUUCUCUACAGCAAAUCAAGUAAUCCAAAGUAUUCAGAUUACAUUACUCACUUUAAGUAAUUUAAUGGAUUCCGUUACAAACUACAUUUUGGGGUCUGUAAUUUGUAGGGGAAUACAUUUUAAAAGUAAUACUCCCAACACUGUGCAUAUGUGGUGUGUUUUGGUUGAGUUUAAGCUGUAAAAAUACAAAAAAAAAAAAAAAAAAAAAAAGUUGAAUGCUGGGCUAAAGCUACAGGAAAUGAACCGUGGAUCUGCGGCGGAGUGUUUUGAAUCCGAGUCUCGUCCCCGUCAGCCGCGAUGUCGCCAUGUUUCCAUCGUCUCGUGUUGUACUCGGUUAUUUUAAUACAUCUGUUAAUGACAGAAGUUAGCGAAGAUGCAGAGGCCGGUGUGUAGUCUCCCCCUGAGCUCCGCGGUCAUCUCCAGACUGACCCGGAGAGGCUUUCAGUGCACCGCGGACCUGGAGCAGCUCACGGCCGGGCAGCUCAGCGCAGAGACAGGUGUAACAGAGGAGGAGGCGUCGGAGGUGUUGGAUCUGGUGGAUCCUCAGCACUGUCCUGUCUCCAUCACUGCACUGGAGCUGCUGCACAGAGAGGCAGAGCUAAAGCCCAUAGUGACCUUCUGCUCUGAGCUGGACCAGGCACUGGGAGGAGGGAUUCCUCUGGGGAAGACUGUCGAGCUCUGUGGAGUGCCAGGGAUCGGCAAAACACAGCUUUGUCUGCAGUUGGCCGUGGACGUGCAGAUCCCACAAUGCUUUGGGGGCCUGGGGGCUCAGUGCCUUUUCAUCGACACAGAGGGCACCUUCUUCCUGGAGAGGUUCAGAGAAAUGGCGGCGGCUGUGGUCAGACACUGUUCACUGCUCACAGAAGACCCGGAGCAGCAGGACGCCAUGAAGACCUUCACUGUGGACAAGAUUCUCUCCAACCUGUUUGUGGUGUGUUGUGACGACUCCAUGGAGCUGCUGUCUCAGAUCUCAGACCUCCCCACGUUUCUCUCUGAUCAUCCUGAAGUCCGUCUGAUCAUCAUCGACAGCAUCGCCUUCCCGUUCAGGCUCCACUUUGAGGACCCGCCCCUCAGAACUCGUCUCCUCCUCGGUGCCGCUCACGAGCUCGUCGCCCUGGCAACCACCCGCAACACCGCCGUGGUGAUGACCAAUCAGAUGACGACGCGGGUCCAGGGGGAGGGGUCACGUCUCGUCCCCGCACUCGGUGAAAACUGGGGACACGCAGCAAAUAUUCGGAUACUGCUCCAGUGGACGGACUGUAAACGCGUGGCGACAAUAUUCAAAUCAUCGAGUCACAUGACCACCUCUGUCCAAUACCAGAUUAAUACAGACGGAUUCAGGGACCUGUCAGAGGAGAAUAAAAGAGCAAAAAUAGAGACUGAGGAACAGAAAGCAUCUGGAACAAGCUAAUCACAAGACUGAACCAGGAUUAAAACAUUUACUUUUUGAACAAGCAUGGAGCCAACCAGCAAAGUACAAACUGUUUAUAUAUAAAGAGAAAUGCUUUUAAAUAAAUAUCUGUAUUUUAUAAUAAAAUCUCAUUCCCUUAUGAAUAUUUGGAAAAUUUUCCAGAAAAUAUUUAUAUUUAUGAAUUUGUGUUAAAUUCAAAUGUGGCAAUAAAUUAUUGUGUUUAUAUUGCUCUAUA